CGGGUCAGUUGAACAGAGUUUGACUGUUGAGUUUGACACUAGCCAUAUCAGUUGCUGCCUGUUCCUCUGCCUCCUGCUGACAGUUAGUAGCCGUUGUAUCGCUUGCUACCGUUCGAAUGCAAACGUAAUAACUUGAGCUUAGCUUUGCAACAAAACCGACAACUUAAGGAGUAAAAUACAAGCCUCCCACUUGUUGCUGGUAUUCAUGGACACUGUUCAGAAAUUGACGUCAGGGUUUACUCUGGACCUGGGACCAUUGAAAGAACCUCUUGGGUUUAUACGUGUCCUAGAAUGGGUCUUCACCAUCUUUGCCUUUGCCACCACUGGAGGUUACUCUGGGUCAUCCCACUUUACAGUCAAUUGCGCGGGAGCUGAACCGAAGGAUGUAAAUCCUGUAUUUACCUACCCUUUCAGGUUGCCCAAAUCCCCAUACCAGAUACCGACAUGUAACGCCAGCAAAUCAGAAGAUGCCUUCCUGCAGGGCGACUUCUCCUCCUCUGCAGAGUUCUUUGUGUGUGUUGGUGUGUUUGGGUUCCUGUACUGCACUGCCACACUGAUCCUUUACCUGGGCUUCCAACACGUCUACCGCCAGACCUCCCGGGGUCCCAUCGUAGACCUGGUGGUGACCGCUGCCUUCGCCUUCCUCUGGCUCGUGUCCUCCUCAGCCUGGGGCAAAGGGCUGACUGAUGUCAAAUGGGCCACUAACCCAAACCACCUAGUGCAGAGUGAUCCAUGCCAUGAAAUCUGCAAAGCAGGGGACUUUCCUUCCAUGGGCCGCCUCAAUGCCUCUGUGAUAUUUGGCUUUUUGAACUUGAUCCUGUGGGCAGGUAACUGCUGGUUCAUUUACAAGGAGACGCCUUUCCACAAGGAUCCCAACCCACCAGCAACCAUGGAGGAAGAAGGGGCCCCCGGGCCUUAGCCACAUCACUGAGGGUCCUUAUUCUUCGCUCUGUGCCCACAGCUUUGUACCCAACACUGGUCUCUGAUGGUAACAUGCACAAAUGGAAACAAAAGGAAGGCAGUUGUCCAAAAUCCCCCCCCCCCCUAGAUCUCCCAACACUAGUCAAUGUUCUAAUUUUUUUUAUUAAUCGGUCCUCCAUGUAUGUGUUUUGGUGUUCAGAACGGCAGAGAAGCUAAUGCACACCUGUUGUUCUGAGCAAGAGUCAGAAUUCAUUCUGUAAUCUGUAAGAGGAAGUGCUACAGUACGGAUUCCAAGUACUGUAAAUCUAAACGGUCAAUCACUUGACAUCUCUUGAUUGAAGGUCAAGUGAAUGCCCUUUUUUUUCUCCUCUCGUUAAAGCAACGACUGAUACCAGAGCAUGUCCUCUUUUCCCUAUUCUGUACUCUGCCUCCAACAAAAUUCCCACUAAUGUUCUAAUCUACUGACACACACACACGCAUAUACUUUAUUACCCCAUCGGGAUUCUCUUGUGCCUUAAAAGAAUACACUAAGUAUAAAAACAACACUACAAUCUACUGCACCUCUGACUUUUUUUAUGAAAGGGUCAUUCUGGGUUUCAUGUUGGUUGUGACAGCGUUUGCCACAGUUAUGAGCAAGGCAGGUUCUCUGUAUGUUAACUGCUGCAGCUGCACAUGCCUUCACAAUGGAAAUAACUGAUUUAAUUUCCUGUUUGAUCGAAAUGUUUUCAUUUACACUACUCCAUAACACUAAGGCUCUUUUUUGAACCUCUUUUGCAAAACAGACUUGCAGAGACACUAUUUAUGAGCUUCAUAUGUAUUUUAAACUACAUUUAUUGGUUCCGCGGCUUAUUUUAGAACCAAUGUUGGGUUUCUGUUCUUGUUCCCCAAUGAUAAAGUGUCAGGGUAAAUCUUCUCGUAGAUUUAUUUUUGUAAUGUCAGAUUUGCUGUUAAUGUCUUCUACCAGGGAAUAGCUUUGGCUUAAUUGUGUGAUGAUAAAUAAUUCAAAUAACAAAUGUGGCUAAAUGUGUAAAUCUUAUGACCGGUGCUCAUAGUUCUGCUCCACAUGUCAGUGCCUUACUACAGGCUGCUGUAGUGAACUGCUACAGCGGAUCACAUGGCAUUGAGAAUCUAAUGAGCUCUAUGAAAUAACUGUUACUGGGCAACCUAUGAAGCUUUAAAGUAAUAUAUUUUCCACAUAUUGAAAUUUGACACAUUUGUGAAAUGCUUGAUCAAUUUUGGAAUAUAAAUCUUAGUUUAAUUAGAGUAAUAUGUUGGAUGCUUAUGUAAUGGAUUAUUGAAUUUGGACUUUGUGUAUUUUCUACCUUGUUGUGCAAGAGGAAAGAGGGUGCAUCUGUAUUUACAAGUAUAAAACAUGAGAGCUGUAA